GGCGAUAACAGCACGCGAGAAGGCAAAGGAUCCACUUCCGGAGUUAGACCGGUAAAAUGCAGGAUGGGAAGGAAGGCAAGUGCGGGCCACAAGUUCUUACUUCCGGUUUCCGUCACCUGACCCAAGAAACAGCGCGGUCUGGUUAGACCGGCAUAACCAGACACCUGAACUUCUGGCAGCAGCCGGCAGUCGUUUUUUGCUUGGCAAAGAAAGCGUCUGUCCCUGGAAAAAAGCCGGGUUGGUUUGAGAACGGAAGUGCCAGUAAGGACCGAGAAAAGUGGCCGCUCUAGUCUUUAAUAGGUCAGAGCUCUAUGGUCACAGGGCCUCAUCCGCGCAAUUCGAAACCGGAAAUGUAAUUUCCUAAGGCUUUCAACAUUUCCGAUGCUUAGUUCACCAAAGAAAAAGACGGAAAGCGAGUCUGUAGAGGUUGGAUAGAGCCUUCCUCCGUUCGAAUGUUGACUUUCGGUUUAAGCGGCACUCUGCGCUAUUCGCCUCAUGCGACUCUGUAGUCAAUCAGCAUGGCGUCGCUAGGUGAAGUUGCAGCUUUGGUGUUGGUGGCAGCUCUUUGGGGAGGAACCAACCCAUUUUUGAAAACAGGCACUGAGGGGCUGGAACAAGUAAAGAAGGAAAACCGGACACUGCAGCUAUUAGCAGAAAUGAAAUUCCUUUUUCUCAAUUACAAGUAUGCAAUACCAUUUAUCCUGAACCAGUGUGGCUCACUCAUCUACUAUCUUACUUUGGCUUCCACAGAUCUGACCCUGGCUGUGCCUCUUUGCAAUUCUUUGGCUCUGAUGUUCACAGUGGCAACUGGGAAGAUGCUUGGAGAAGACAUUGGCAGUUCACGUGCUGCCCUGGGGAUGUUGCUGACUGGCUUGGGAGUUGCUCUCUGCAUAGCUGAGUCUGUGAAUGAGAAAUCAUGAGGAGAGGGUGCCAGAGACAAUGGUUAACGGCAGCCAAGGAACAGGAAGCUGUGACUGCACUCCCAUUGCCGCCUUAUGCAGUGGAGGAGCUCACCAGAGUCCACGCACACUAGAGCAUUCAAGGUUUGCUUGGAAUGUAUUGUGUUCCUCCUUUCCUGAUGCUUUUUGGAGCCUUUCCCUGACUUACACAGAGCCCUGGAAGAGUUGAGUUUGGACUAGAGCACUCCUAUUAGAGACUGAGGAAUUCAGGAAGACAAGGGACAAAGAAAUGGGAGAAAACUAUCUCUCCUGGCAUGGAACAUGUUGAUGUUCUGUUUACUUGUUAGUGGUGUGGUUUUGUAGUUAAAUUCAAGUGACAAUGGUCAAUCUUCUCCCUUUUUAAAAAAUUUCAAAAUCCAUGGCUGUGGCUACCAAGCCUGCAUAUAAAAACAGAAUUUGUAUCAGGUUUUACAUAUUUAUUUAAGAAAAUCUGCAAGAGAUCUCAACGAAGUCAGUACAAAUCCAUAAGGAUGCUUUAAAACACCCCAUAUCCAGGAAGAGAAAGCAUGCUGGAUCUCUCUCUUAUUGUAGUCAUUUCUCAUAUUUGGCAGAGUUCCCCUUAGCUGGACGGUGGCCAGGCUGUUGUGGAAUUUCGUCCCCCAAGUCACCAGCAGCACGCUGAAUCUGAUGGGCCUUCUGCACUUUCUGUUGCAUAGAAACAAUUUUAGUUUACUUGACACCAAACAUUUUAAAAUCAUAACUUGGAAAGCUUGUUGAGCAAGCUGGAAUUGGGUUUUAACUAGUGAAGGGGGCUAGCAGAGGAAAGAGGGGGGAGCAGGAGAUUCAGCAUCAAUGAAAAGAGGAUUCUAGAAUAAAGUCAUUCCUGUCCUAAGCAACACAUUAUUUUUAUUAAAACAUGCUGCCUGCA